UGAUAUUGCAUCAUAGAGUUAUGAUACCGAAUUUGAUUAUCUUCACUUUACCAUUUUUUUAAAUAAAAUGAAAAUAAUGUCAACAUGAGAAAAUGGAACUGGAUUUAACCUCAAAUAUUCAACACUCUGCAACUGAAGCUGAUCAGAAGAAGAAACUGAAGCCCUUUGACAAGCUCCACUCCAACAUCCUGAGCAGUAAGACCAGCACCUAUCUGGUUAAGGACUUAAUCGGUGAAGGCAGCUUUGGGAAAGUUGCCCAAUGUGUAAACCUGGGCACGUCACAGACCGUAGCGCUCAAGGUCCUCAAAACCAAGUCCAACGUGAUAUCCAAAAGGGAGAUCAAAAUGCUUGAUAUUGUGAGUGUUCUGGACCCGGUAAAAAAGAGCAUUGUGAGGUUUAUUGAGAACUUUGAGCACGAAGGGUUUACCUGUUUGGCUUUCGAAAUGCUAGAUGUCAGCCUUUUUGAUUUUGUCAAGAAACGCAAGAACGCGCUGUCUGUCAGUGAGAUACGGCCCAUAGCACACCAGUUGCUGACGGCCUUUGAGGCCCUGAAAGGCAUUGGCGUCAUUCAUGCAGACCUGAAGCCUGAUAACAUCAUGCUGGUAAACCAUUCGUGUGAGCCGUUCAGGGUGAAAUUAAUCGAUUUCGGCUGCUCCCUCCACACCUCUAAUGUGAUCCCGGGAAUGAUCAUUCAGCCAAUGGGAUACCGAGCACCCGAGGUCACCCUGGGCCUCCCGAUUUCCGAGCAAGUGGACAUGUGGGCUCUGGGCUGUGUUCUUACGUUCCUGCACAUCAGACAACACCUUUUUGCAACAAACUGCGAGUACCAGAUGAUGAGAACCAUCGUACAAAUCCGAGGGCAGCCCGCCGACUCGCUUCUUUUAAUAGGAAAACACAGCCAGAAGUAUUUUACCCACUUGAACUUUGAACAGUGGAAGCUAAAGACUCCAGAUGAAUAUAAGCUUACAACCGGAGAAGAGACGACAACAUGGAAGAUUAGGCUAAAGUCUCUGGAUGCCCUGAGAACUCAGUGCCAAGACACAAAAGAAGUGUUCAGUGAAUUUGAAGAUCAGAAUGAAUAUGUUAGCUUUCUAAAAAGUCUUCUUAGCAUUCAAGCGGAGAGAAGAAUCACACCCGCCGAGGCUCUAAAGCAUCGCUACGUCUCCAUGGCUCAUCUGGUGCAGGAGAGCCACACCAGCUCGUACGUGGACAAGGCCUUUGAUCAAAUGCUGGUGUGCCCCAUAGAAGGAUUUGAAGAGGAGCUCAUCUCGGAUAGCGAGGAUGAGGAAAGGCUGACCUAUGACCUCAUUCUAAAGUCAGCAUGCUGCGGCGAUGGGCCAGCGGUCACGGGACAUUUACACACAGGUGACUCGUCCAUAAAGGCAUCGGAAGCUGAUGGACAAACUGAGCAAGGUGUAGCGCAGGAGAACCAGCAACCUAAAAACAUGCCUGUUUUUGCGUGCAGUGAAUGUGGGACCUACGUUCGAAAGUAAAAAUGAAAAACGUCAAUAGAAGAAAGUAUGUACCUGCAGGUCAAGAGGUGUUUAAGUGUGUUGAAGUAUUUGUAAAGGAUCCCUAAAUAUCAUCCCGCUCCAUCAGUUGACAGUUGCAGCACGGAGAAAGGUAAAGCAUGCGUCAUGUACUCCUGUUUGGUAAGAGUUGGACCGUGCCUGUGUCCACGUCACACAUGGCAUGAUUCCAUGCACAUGCGUGUACGCAGCGUGGCCAAGACAGAACGACCGUAAAUCAACGCCUCUCAACUGGAUGAUAACAAGUCAUAGUAGAAAUGGUAAUGGUAAUGGUAAUGGUUUAAUUUCAUUUGACCAUGCAUCAGAUUCCAGUUCCACAUGUCCAAAAGGAGUAGGAAGAAGCAAAGCUUAUUCAAUCCUACCCCUCCAUCUGGUACUUUUACAAUCACUAACUGUUACAUUUGUUCACUUCCUGCUUUCCAUAAUACAGUUUUAGGUUUUUUUGUUUUGUUUUUUUAAUAAUGUACCUCGUACCAAAGUACGAGGUGAUAUGACCAUACAAUGAUAUUAUGUGUACCAUAGUAACUGUCAAUCAAAUUAGAACACUUAAAACAAUCCAAAAGUCAACCCCACAGCAUGUUUGUGUGUGUAAUUAAUGCCCCCCUGCUUGCACCAGCAAUGAAUAGUAGUGGUCACUGUCCGAGCAAAAUAAUCAGGGUAACCUGAAAAAGGAUUUGUAAAUGAUCCACCAUGUCAGGGACAAUGCAGUAAUAUAGAAUCACAGAAAGGACGGGACU